UGAUAAGAGCGUUCAAUUAUGGCCUCUCCCACGGCUUCUGCACCUGUUGAGGAUGCGCUGGUCGCCGUGAGACUGCAAAUGGAAGAGCUACAAGAGCAACAUGACGCACUAAUGGCCGAGAUUAUUCACAUAGCUAAUUGUAACGGCAUUCGGGAUGUUUAUGACGCGCAAGAUAUUGCGCGCCUCUUACCCCAGCUUAAUCUCGAUGAGGCGAUCAAGGGCGACUUUUUGCAGUUGCAGGCUCAGCUGGCUGAAUUACACAGCACAGUACUACAUCUCCUAAAAGUUGAGGCCGGUCAUUCAGAGAGCGUCAAUCAGACUGCUCGGGUCUGCGAGGCCAGCAGCUACUGCGGGUCCGAAUCAACCGCCAUCCGGUGCCUCGCCUGCCUGGACACCUUCCCACAGCACGCGAUGAUAUGUGCUGGACAUCACAUCGACAACGUCAACUCUGCCACAGCCACAGCCGCAGCCAGCGGGGGAUGCGGCCAUUUCUUUUGCCACGGCUGUUUGACCGAAUACGUGCGCUCCGCAGUGCGUGCACGCAAGUUUCCCAUUCGAUGCCCCAUGGCAACCUCCUCGUCUUACAACCACGGUAACAGUAACAGUAACAGCGGUGAAAGGACCUCCGUGGACGCCGGCGCAAGCGCCAGUACCAGCGCCAGCCAGGGUUGCAAUCAGGUGCUAACGAGGGAAGCUGUCAUGGCGGUCCUUCCAGGAUACGCUGUACACUGGCAGACGUACCAGCAGCUGGAAGCCGAGGCUUCCCUGGAUCAGGGUGCGAUGGUGUAUUGCCCCCACAAGGCCUGCUCCAGUCCCUUGGAGGUGGUGGGGCUGCGUGGGGCCGGUGUGCUGCCGGCCGAUGCACCCGUGUCUUGCCCCGCAUGCAAGCGAGUCUUCUGCCCCCGCUGCCGCAUCACCGGCUGGCACCAGGGUUAUACCUGUGCGCAGUUCCAGGCCCUCCCCGCGCACCUUCGCUCUGCCGAGGAUGUUGCCGUACUGCAGCUAUCCGCCCGCAACCAGUGGCGGCCCUGCCCAAGCUGCAAACGCAUGGUCGAGCGCACUCAGGGCUGCAACCGCAUGACCUGCAUCUGUGGCGGGAAGUUCUGCUACGAGUGCGGGUGCUCGCACAUGAACGGCAGGGACUGCAGAUGCGAGUGAUGAUGACUUGUUAGGCAUCAUGAUUAGCGUGUAGGCAUAGAAGAUUAACACACCAGUGAGUUCUGCAGCAGUGGCGCAUGAUGCUUAAUUAGGCCAUAUCCAAACAACCAAAUUUAUAUAUCGGUCGUGAAUGGAGUUGUCUCUUUUGAUGCACAACAUAUCGCAGGCCUGAUCAGAGCCAUGUCUGUUGUUGUUGUUGGAUUAGUUGGACGGCGCCUGUCUUCCUCCAUCAAGGUCAGAGCGAACAUUUUAGCUUCACUUCUUCGUUGAGUUGUUAAUUUCGUUGAGUUGUUAACUUCGUUGAGUUGUUAACUUCGUUAAGUUGCGUUUUCCUCUACGCUCACUAGGCCGCGUCGGCACGACUUCCUCAUCUGCAAGAGCUGCGACGCCGACGUGUGAAUGUAAUGUCAUAUAAUG